AUGGGAGCUGAACAGUCAACUGAAAGUCGUCGUGGUUUUGAUUCAACAAAUGUGCCUUCAACUCGAAAAAUCUUGAAGAGCCAUAGUUGGACCUGCUUUACCACAAAGAAAUUGAUCUUUGAGCCAAGAAUUCCCAAAAAAGACCCAAACGAUCAGCACAAUUCGCGGGUAAUCUCUAUUUCUGAAAUCUCCGCUAAAGGAACUAUUCCCGAAGAGAUCGCCGAUUUAUCAUCGAUUAAGCACAGUCAAUCAAGCUUGGAUAAUCUAUCUGAUCAAAUCGUUGCGAUUUCGAAACCGUCCACUGAGGUGACAAGAGAAAAUCAAGAGAAAAUCAUUGACUUAUCCAAGUUGGUCAACUCCAGAGACACUUUCUUUCAAGCUUUACUUGAUUUGGAUCAAUCAAAAGAAGAAAAAUCAUUGGAGAGGAAAGAGGAGAGUUCACGCUAUAAAAUCCCAUCACCAAAUCCGUUUUUCUGGUUGACAACGGAUCAAGUAAACAUGCGAGCCAAGAGUUGCGGUCCAAUCAUGAAGCACAAAACACCCGAAUAUAAUCAUCGGAUGCCACAUGAGUUCUACGAUAGCAAUGUAAUCAUUUAUUUAGAGGUUGGAGGGAAAUUGUACUCAUCGACGUUGAAAACCCUGGCAAAUGAGCAAAGAAAUGGGCGUUUACUCGGCGGGAUCAUCAAGAAAUGCGUCGGUUGGGAUAAGAAGGCAAUCUACAGGGUCAACUGUGAAAAGGAGCACGACUCAAAUGGUAACUAUCGAUAUAAAGUGCUACUCGAUCGCGAUCGUGAGAUUUUCGCCUACAUUCUGCGCUUUUUACGCUACGGAGAGGUGAUGGCGUUGCCCACUGAUGUCACACUUUUGGAUCAUAUUUAUCGUGAAGCUGACUUUUUCGGUAUGGGGAAAUUGAAAGCAUUGGUGAAGAAAAAGAUUGAAGAUGAACGGGAAAAGGUGAGAGCACGAGAUCGAAGAGAUGAGCAACGAGAUGCCGCUAUGAAGCUCCUUCUCGAAGAGAUAAUUCGAUUACGUCAAGAAAUCGAAGCGACUCGCUCGAAUUCUGAAGAAGAGUGGCAAGAGAAUAUAAUUCUU